UUCUCAUUUUAAUCACACAGAUAAACUCUGAGAACCUCAAGACACUGUUAUAAAGAUGGAGUUUAUUAAAGAGGAGAGUGAAGACCUGAAGAUUGUAGAAGCUUUCAAACAUGAAGAUACUGAGAAACAAACAGAGGUGGUGUUUAUUAAAGAGGAAAGUGAAGAAGACAUGACGAAUAAAGUCAAACAUGAAGAUGAGGAACUAACAGGUCAGUUUCAUCAGUCAUUCUGAGAAGAAAAUGUAAUAAAUGUUGUUUUUGUUUGUCAAGUUUUCCUAUGACGUAAUGGAAGCUGACAGUAUUCAAACUUCACCGUACAGCUGAGAGGACAAUGUUUGUCUAGUCUGUUACAGGUGAAUGGCAGGGUUGAGGUCUGUCUCUUGGGUCAGUCUGUGGGACCUGAUGGCGCUGAAAGAAGAAAGUCAAGAUCUGAAUGAAAUGGAAGAGAAAAAUCAGUAUGAGAAAUAUCAUGACUUAAUGACUGGGGGGAAAUAUUUUAGUUCCUCACAGACCUGUGAAACAGAAACUAGGAACCAGAAAGUCCAGAAGAGAGCGCACACUAAAGCGAGACCUUUCACCUGUCAACAAUGUGGGAAGAGUUUUGCUCUUAAGGGAACUCUUAACAUUCACAUGAAAGUACACACUGGAGAAAGGCCUUACUCCUGUCAACAGUGUGAUAAAAGCUUUGCACUAAAAGGAGGUUUUAAAAAUCACUUGAGAGUUCACACUGGAGAGAAGCCUUUCACCUGUCAACAAUGUGGGAGGAGUUUUGCACUAAAAAGAAAUCUGAAUAGCCACAUGAGAGUUCACAUGAGAAAGAGCUUCACCUGCCGACAGUGUGGAACAGGUUUCAGUCAGAAACAGAGCCUUGAAAUCCACUUAAAAAUCCAUGCAGGAGAGAAGCCCUUCAAUUGCCCUCAGUGUGAAAAGAGCUUUGAACACAAAAAAAACCUUAGUAUCCACAUGAGAACUCACACUGGAGAGAAGCGUUUCACCUGCAAACUGUGUGAGAAGAGCUUCACACGGAAAGAAACAUUUAACGGUCACAUGGCAAUUCACAAGGGAGAGAGUCCCUUUGAGUGUGGUCAGUGUGGAAAGAGUUUCAGAUAUAAAAGAAACCUUAAUCAUCACAUGAGGAUUCACUCUGGAGAGAAAUGUUUAGAUGUCACUGACAGCAAUCACCACGGUAAGAAUGGUGUACAUCGCACUGCAGAGAGGCGUCACACAUGCCCUCACUGUCAAAAGAGUUUCACACAAAGAGCAAAGCUAGAGGAGCACAUCAGAAUUCACACUGGAGAGAAGCCUUUCACCUGUCCUCAGUGUGGAAAGAGCUUCACAAUAAAAGGAAACCUUAGGAUUCAUAUCAGAGUUCACACUGGAGAGAAACCUUACAAGUGUGUUCAGUGUGAAAAGAGCUUCACCUAUCACACAGACCUGAAACGGCACGUGCAAACUCAUGCUGGAGAGAUGAUUCUGAUUUCCAAUGUGUGACAAGAGGUUUAGAAAAAGGAGGCAAUAGGAAAUGUUAAUCUUUUAGAAUACAGUGUUACUUCCACACACCACAGCUGCAAGCUUGAUCUGAUUUAACUUUCUGACUACUUUAUUAUUAUUAUUAUUUGUAUGUCCUUUACCUAUGUAUUCUUCACCUGACCAUCUUCUUUGCUAUAGUUUCAAAUGUUAGUCAGUCACCCUUUAAUAAACAUACUGAGUGCCAG